CGGUGAACAUAAAAUCCAAUUUUAUAAGUAUGAAAUUAUUGAAAUGAGUCAUUCAGGCCUUGAAAUAUUUCCAGCGCUAUCCAAUACAAAGUCAAACAAGAAUGGUGUUGUUUAUAUAGGUGUCUGACACAUUACCGACCUCUGAAAAAUAUUGUUGACGUUUAUUCGGAAAGGACAAACGGAAGUAUUGCAUACGUUUAACGAACAGCUUUGCUAUCCACGAGCCUGAGAACGAGAAGGAGGCAUCCGCUGAAGCUCCAGUCUAAACACCGUUAUAAUCUGUCUGUUUUUCCUAAAGAACAGCAAGAUGAAUCAAGAGAAGCUCGCCAAACUCCAAGCACAAGUCCGGAUAGGUGGAAAAGGAACAGCUCGCAGGAAGAAAAAGGUGGUUCACAAAACUGCAACGGCCGACGACAAAAAGCUACAAGGCUCUCUGAAGAAGCUCUCCGUGAACAACAUUGCUGGAAUAGAGGAGGUGAACAUGAUCAAAGAUGACGGCACGGUGAUCCACUUCAACAACCCCAAGGUGCAGGCGUCGCUUUCGGCCAACACCUUCGCCAUCACGGGCCACGCUGAGACCAAGCAGCUGUCCGAGAUGCUCCCCGGCAUCCUCAGCCAGUUGGGCGCCGACAGCCUCAGCAGCCUGCGCAAGCUAGCCGAGCAAUUCCCGCGACAAACGAUGGACAUGAAAACUGUAAAGGAAGAAAUUGCAGAGGAGGAUGACGACGCAGUCCCAGAUCUUGUGGAGAACUUUGAUGAAGCCUCAAAGAACGAAGCCAACUGAUCUCUCGUUCGCUGCCAACUUUUUUGUUAUUUAAUCUGUCGCACGCUCGCUCGUUCAGAGGCUUCCCUGGUGCGUGGAGACGGUUGUUACAGGUGGAGUGCAUCCUCAUUGUCAUCACCGUGAAAAGUGGUUUUGAAUGCGGGAUCCCCAAGUCGGCACCCAAAGGACUCUUAUCGGAUUUAAAAAGGUGCUUUCCACAUGGCUUGUAUUUAAGAGAUGCUUUAUGAGAGGAUGGCAAUAAAAAAUGAUUUUACGUAAUGUGGCUGGAAAAGAUUUAAUAU